GAAGUGAAGCUAGAGGAUCAACAGGCAGCCUGGCAAUUUGCUGCUCUCUGUGCUUUACACUCAAGACUUGUGGAAAAUCUAUGGAGAAUGGGAAUUACUUUGGUUACCUUUUGAUCAAGACAACUUACUGUCAUGUGGAUGUACUUCAGUCGAGUUCUGUUGUUGAUGCUCUAAACAUGGCAAGUCUCUCAGCACGGAGCCUAGGGAGGCUGUCUGGAUAGGAUUGUCAGGACCAAAAAUGAAAAAACUUUCUGCCUUAUAGAAGAAAAAAAGCAAAGAUGAAUCCAGAAUCUCUGGACUCGUCCAUCCAGGGCGCCCUCUCGGCCCUCUUUCCUCCUUUCGAGGCCACAGCGCCCAUCGUCCUCAGCCAGCUGUUUCGCACCAUUGAAGAACGUUACCAUGGUGAUGCGUUACAUUGUCUGCUGGACUUCCUCAUCCCCUCCAAACACCUGCUGGAGAGUGUCCAACAGGCAGCAUGUGCUGGAUACUCUGAUGUGGUUUUCCGUUGUGAGGGCUGGCCUCUGUGUCUUCAUGACAAAACCGUCAUCCAGUUAGCACCGGUGAACCCUUUGCUGCUGCGUCCAGGAGACUUCUAUCUACAGGUGGAACCUUUCGGGGACCAAGCAGCUCGCGUUGUUCUCAAAAGUCUUCUGGAGGAGGGUUGUCGGGAAGUGGAGGAGACCCCCGUCCCUGAGACUUCCUACCCCUGCAUCUUCACUGAGGAAUGGCUGCGGGAUAUCAAUGAAGGACGCCAUGGAACUCCUCUGUCACGUUGCUUGCUUUGCACAGAUCAAGGAGUAAUCAAGUUGCCCUGGGCUAAAAUAGCCAACCCAGAGUUUUUAGACAAGCCUAAGACCUUGCCCACUUAUCGUGAAGCUCCACCUGAGCCAAAACAGAUCUCAGUUCCCUCCCAUUUCAACUCCUCCACCCUCCCAAUGGAAGCCAUGUUUUUUUCUGGCAAAGACAGGAGGCCAGCGUCUUUGAGACCCGGGGACUCUUAUUCCAAACUUGUCAAAAUGGACCAUGAAAGACGCACCCCCAAAUCAUGCUCCAGACCUUUAAUCAAACCUGUUGGUUGGGUUUCUCCUAAUACCUGGGACAGUCGGAAUUAUCGAGAGAUUGAGGGCGAUUAUGUAGAUCUGGUGGAUAUCGCGAAAGGGAAGAAGUUUGUGGAAAAACAGAGCCAUCCAAAUCCACCCAAUUCAGUUUUGUUCAAACCUGUCAGACCACCGCCUCCUGUACCGCUUGGGAAUAGUGUUCCCUGUGGAGGAACCCUUCAGUACGCAGAGGAGCUUUGUACACCAUGCAGCCAGGGAAGGCUGGGGCAAGAGCCAACUGAUCAAGACUUGAAGUGUAGGUACAGAGAAUCGUACGUGGCAGCACUGAGAAACCCAGUCGCUUUUGAGAAGGAGAGUGUAGACCUCCUGGCUGCCCUGGAGGAGGUCAGCCUUUGUGAAGAGGGAGAGUUAAGAUCCAAGGGUGCCUUUGAAGCUCAAAGAGACAAACUUGGAGACUUUUGUAACCACUGUAAUAAACCUGUGAUAAGUAAAGAGCUCUGCCAAUACAGACACUGCUGUGAACCAACACCGGGGACCUUUGCAUCUCGCCUCAAAGACCUUCCUACGACUUCUGAAUCAGAAAACCUCAUGAAGGAAUCACCCAAGAUCUUGAAAUCCACCCCUGGUUUGAGUCAUAGUCACAAAAUUCAGAUGAAACUUAUUUCCCACCAAUCAGGACAUAAUGCUGGUGUGCAUCCAGGAUCAGAUGGGGACAUUAAACCACAUCAGAAGGUGGAGGUUGUGAAACCAUCAGGGAACAACAAAGUUAAGGUUAGGUCUCUGUCCACUGUGUCAGAGACUUCUAAAGGGAGUCCACUUCUCUAUAAAGUCAACAACAGGAGCCACAGUGAUAUCUGCCCUGAAGCAAUAACCAGCAUCAUGCAGUGUAAGAAAGGUGAACUGCUGGAUCAGGUGACUUUGAAGCUGGAAAGACUGAAGUCCCCUAAAAAAGACUCCCAGUCAAGUAGGAGUGAAACUCCCUCCUCUGCAGAUGGACCAGACCCUAAACCCCAUUACUCAAAGAUAGAAAAGCCAUCUCCUCAACUUCCUGUUCAACUUCCUUCUGCAAGUCCUGCCACUCCUCAGCCUCCACAGACUGAUGAAUCAGGUUUCAGAGGCAUCGGUGGUCUGCUUGAACUGGGCAUUAUUAGUUUGCCAGGCAGCAGGGACAGGACAGGCAGGGCAGUGUUGGAGGUCCAUGGUGGCAAAAAGGAGUGGACGUCCCCUCUUGUGUCAGCCCAGAAUGUCUGUGAAUUACUGCUCUACUUGCACACCAUACCAAGGAAAGAAGUUCGAGAGCUGGGAAUGACUUUGGUCAUCAAUGCCAGGAAGAAGCCUCCUUCACUUCACCUGUACAAAGCUCUGCUGAUGGCCCAGGAGCAAGCUCUCCAUGCUGUCCACAGUAUCGUGAUGCUGGUGGAUAAAGACACUUGUCCUCGACCUGAUAAACAGCCAGGGUUACAGAUGGACAUGGUGACUUCUAUGAAAGCCCUCAACAAGACAGUCGAAGCUUCCCAGCUGACCUCUGACCUGGGAGGGACCUUUACUUACGGUCACUCCGACUGGCUGCAGUUCCAUCAGAGACUGGUUUCUUUCAUGGCGGACCUGCGAGGGGCAGACAGCUUGUUGCAGAAGGCCAUAAAGAAAGUGGAUGGAAGCAAGAAGAUAGACACCGCCCAGGAAGUGCAGCAAUGCAUUCAGGAACAGAGGACCUCAAUGAAAGAGGUGUUGGAAGACACGCGACUGGUAACUCUGCAAAGAGAAGGAGGGGCUGUACUGGCCAGAAUGAGGAAAGAGGAGUUCAGAUUUCCACAGUCUGAGGACUACAGAGAUGCUCUGGAGUCAGUGACUAGUCUGUACAAUCAGGUGGAAGAGAAGCUCCACACUCUGGUGAUGAGAUCGAAUGAGUCACUGCAGCACCUGGAGCUCCUCUUCAGGCUCAGAGAGAUGGAGGCCAAAAUUAGCUUGGUAAUUAUUUCAGCUGGGAUGUGGUUCAAUGCAGAAGGAGAACAGAGACUGAAGGACUCUUACACAACAGAUGAAACCCUGGUGUGCACUGAAAAGGCCCUGCAGCACUUUGAUGUGUUCCUCACUCAGUCUAAGGAGAAACAACAGUACGCCUCAUCCCUGGUGACGGAGGCAGCGAUACUUGUUGGCACGAGUGAUUCCAGUCCUGCAACAGAUGUUUUUCGGACUCUGGUCAGCACUUUCAAAUCCAAUAUGGAUGAUUUUAUGUUGCGUGCAGAACAGAGGCACAAAGAACUGGACACACUGUUGCAUGUGCAUCGCUUCUGUGAACAGGCGUCUGCCCUGGCCAAGGAAUGCAGUCAUUUUUUGGAGCAGGUAGAGCAGGGUUGUUACUCAGCUCAGACGGUGAGAACACUCCAAAUGUAUGAAGAGAGAUUAGGUGGUGAAUUCUCCACCCUGCACUUCCAAUCUGUGAAAGCUAAGGCCUGUGCCGUAAGAUCAGGGGCCUCGGGGGUGAUGAGGGUGUGGAAUGCAGCCUGGGUCCAGUGCCAAGAAGUUAGGCAGCAACUCAAGGAAAGGCAAAAGGAGGAGAAAUACGUAGAUAAGAACCAGAUCCAGCAGACCACAGCUGCAAACCCUCAAGGGGAAGAUGGAGGAGUGGAGAAGGAGGAGAAAAGGAGCGAGGUGGGGGAGGGUCAAUAUUCCCUGACCCAGCAGCCGACCUCUCAGAAAGAGGUCGCCAGUAUCUCAGAAAAUGAAGGAGAAAUGACCACUGCUGCCUGCUUCAACCACCAUUUAAAACCUGACUUGAAAGGGGGUGGGAAUGGAGAAUCUCAAGUGCAGAAAUUACCUGAAGCAGCAGUUCAACAUGAGAAAAUGACUCCUGUUUUUCCACUAAACGGUGAAUGUCAUCCAGAAACCAAACCAAGGCCAAGAGAGCAUCACAGCGAGGCAGAUCUGAGGAGCGCAGCCCCAGUUGAAGGGGCCGAUGAUUUUCCAUUGCAGCAACCUUUGGGUCGGUCCCUGAGCGAGGGCUCUUGUGCGAGCUCUCAUUUGGCGAGCAUCUCUGGCUUUUCACCUUUGAAUGUAAGACACAAACACUGUCAGCCACUGGAACAAAAUCUGCAGCCCGUACAAAACCUGCCCAUUUCUCAUAAUGAGAGUUCACGGUCAGAAAACCUGAGCUGCGAGUCAAAAAGACACAGUAAUGAAGAGGAGGGUGGAGGAAGCACAGUCUCCACACAGAGCCCUAAAGAUUUAAAGACCCCAGAGACAUUACUCACACCAACAGAAAACAAUGGCAGCAAUGUUUUGAAACUGCGGAGGAUCAUGGAGGAGCUGCUUUCCACAGAGAGGGAGUAUGUGAAGGCUCUGGGUUACGUUCGAGAACACUACUUCCCCGAGCUGGAGAGGCCCGACGUCCCUCAGGACCUCAGGGGCCAGAGAGGGAGCAUCUUCGGCAACUUAGAAAAACUCCACGACUUCCACCGGCAUCAUUUCCUGAAGGAGUUGGAAAACUGCCUGAAUGAACCCUUCAGAGUGGGACGCUGCUUCCUACGUCAUAGAGAGAGCUUUGCUUUGUAUGCCCUUUACAGCAAGAACAAACCACAGUCUGAUAGUCUUCUCAUUAAUCAUGGACAGGAUUUCUUCAAGCAAAAGCAGCUGGAGCUGAGGGAUAAGAUGGACCUGUGGUCUUACCUGUUGAAGCCUGUGCAGCGGAUCAGUAAGUACAGCCUGCUGCUGCAGGACAUGAUGAGGGAGUGCGGUCCGGGACAAACAAGAGAGAUGGCUGAGGUCAAGGCCGCCCUGGAGGUCGUCCACUUCCAGCUCCGCCACGGCAACAACCUGCUGGCCAUGGACGCCAUCCGCCACUGUGACGUUAAUCUGAAGGAGCAGGGGCAGCUGAUACGCCAGGAUGAGUUCUUGGUCACAUUCAGGAAGAAAAAAUGUUUGCGCCACAUUUUCCUUUUUCAAGAACUCAUUCUCUUUAGCAAAACCAGGAAGACGGACGUGGGAAAUGAAACGUAUAUCUACAAACAGUCGUUUAAGACGUCAGAUGUAGGCAUGACCCAAAACAGUGGUGACAGCGGCCUGUGUUUUGAGAUCUGGUUCAGGAAGAGGAAAACCCAGGACACAUACACACUUCAAGCAGCCAGCCGCGAGGUGAAGGACGCCUGGACCAAGGACCUGGAGCGGAUCCUGUGGGAGCAGGCAGUACACAACAGAGAGGUCCGUAUGCAAGAGAGAGUGUUCAUGGGUAUUGGAAACAAGCCCUUCAUGGACAUCCAGCCCAGUGAUGCAGCUAUCAAUGACAGAGCCGUCAACUAUGUGCAGAUGGGAAGAGAAAACAGGGUGCUGUCCUCUGCGGGAUCACGUGGUCCACAGGACGGGCUUCCUGGGGGCCGACCAAAAUCAGUUGGUUCAGGAAGCAGCUCGUCUUCCUCCUCUUCAUCUGGAAGAGGUUCCCUGUCUCCUGUGGGAUACCUGUGUGGGCCGAAGCGGAGGGGGGUUGCGGGGGUCCUCGGAGGAUACGCAUCGCCUCCUGAAGCUCUGGAGGAAGACGACUUGGACCAUGAGAGUGGUUGUCACAACUUAUUGCUGGACAGCUCCGAGUCGUCCGGAGAGAGUGUGAGUGGCUUCAGCAGCUGCAGUCACAGCUGCCACUCUGCUAUUGGAGGAGAGGUGGAGGACACCUCUUUGGUCUCUGCCUCCAUGAUCACUGUUAAGGAGGCAGCGGUUGCUCAUAGGACUGAAGCCUCUGCAGUCUUACAUCAACCAAAUGCUCUGGAAGGAUCCACAGAAAAAACCCAACCACCGGUUGCACCAAAGCCCAAGAUAAAACCACCAUACCAGGCCAAGGAUCUGCCCUGUGGCAAGGUUCAGAACACUAGUGUCGGAAAAUCCACUGAGGUUUGACCCGUGAUACAGUACAAGAUUUGGAGGCAACCCAAGAAAGCCGUCUGUUGGUGUCAGCGUUGAAGAUGAAACUAUUUUAACUUCACAUUACAUUACAUCGAGGGACUUUCAGUGAACUAACAUGUACGCAUGUCUGGUGUUGUAUUCUGAAGCCGUACCAUUAGACCACAAGCCAUCACCACCAACUGACAUCCUUUUAUACGCCAGCUGUUACUGUAAUCCGUUACCACUCUGUAAAUAGAUGUUCUUUUUUAAACUCACUACUAAAGUAAUAGGUCAGAGGAAUGUCUGUAAAUGUACUGUGCCUGCAUUUAGAAAUGCAUAACUGACAUGGCUUUGCAUAGAUCAUUGUAUAUCAGUCUCAGAGCUCAUGCAAAGGAUCAUAGAGUUGUCUUUGAGCAUAGCAGGUUAGCUAUUCAUAACACAAUGCAAACACUUUACAGUAGUCAAAGAAUGUGGCCAAAUAAUCGUGGUGAAAUAAAAUGUGCAGAUUUUAAUAAGCAUUCACCAUCCUGAUCCCAGAGGAGUUUGAUCAAAUCUUGAGGUCUGUGAAGAAUUGUGUCACAAAGGCAGUAAACACCAUAAUGCCUUAUAAGUCCCACCAAAUGUAUUGCAUUUUGUACAAAUGUAUCAAACUUAAUUACGACAUGUGUCUUACUUAUUUUCUCGAAAAUAAAACACAUUCACUCUG